AAUAACCAAACAAUUUCAGAAAGGACGAAACUUACUUCGACAACUUUUCAUUGACCGUCCACUGCGCGCAAAGUUUUCCUAAACUUUUAUUUAGUUAAAAAUCAAUUUUCAAGAUACUUUCUCGUACUGCACUUUCCAAUAAAUGACUCCCUAUUAUUUUUGAACUUUUUGGUGAAAUGCUUCAACGCUUCCUAAUACUUUUCUUCAUUACCGAAAUGAAUUGGGCUCUUUCGCUAACUACAAAGGCAAGUAAAAUACGCCAAAGAAACAAUCACCAGAACAUUUCAACACUCUUAGAUAAUUUACUGCGUGGAUACGACAAUAGCGUACGUCCCGAUUUUGGAGGACCACCAGCUAUAAUAGAGGUAGAUAUAAUGGUUAGGAGUAUGGGGCCAAUUUCCGAGGUUGAUAUGACCUAUUCAAUGGACUGUUACUUUCGACAAUCUUGGGUGGAUAAGCGAUUGGCUUUCGCCGGAAAUUCGAAAGACACCCUCGCGCUCAGCAUAUCGAUGCUGGCAAGAAUAUGGAAACCGGACACAUAUUUUUAUAAUGGAAAACAGUCUUAUUUGCAUACAAUCACAACGCCUAACAAAUUCGUGCGGCUCUAUCAAGAUGGGAGAGUGCUAUAUUCAUCGAGGCUUACAAUUAAAGCAGGAUGCCCUAUGAAUUUAGAAGAUUUUCCUAUGGAUAUACAGCGCUGCCCGUUAAAAUUUGGAUCAUUCGGAUACACGUCUCAAGACGUCAUCUACCAAUGGAAUAGAGCUCGUCAAGUUGCAAUCGCUGAAGAUAUGAAGCUGUCACAAUUCGAUCUCAUUGCAACACCCGCAGCUAAUCAUACGGAUACCGUAGUGAACAGCGAUAUCAAAUCAGGUGUUUGCAGUCUUUUCAUGGCGCCUAAGUAUUCCAUGCUUUUGGUGAGUUUCCAUCUACAACGUCAUAUGGGAAAUUUUCUAAUCCAAGUGUAUGGGCCGUGCAUUCUAUUAGUGGUUUUAUCGUGGGUUUCGUUUUGGUUAAAUCGUGAGGCGACCGCCGAUCGAGUGUCUCUAGGUAUAACGACCGUAUUGACAAUGACGUUUUUGGGUUUGGAAGCAAGAACAGAUUUGCCAAAGGUUCCAUAUCCAACUGCUCUCGAUUUCUUUGUUUUCCUAUCGUUUACUUUUAUUUUUGCAACAAUUAUACAGUUUGCGGUAGUGCACUACUUCACAAAGUACGGCUCGGGUGAAUGCUACUUUAGCAACGAAUUGAGCUCCGAAUCUAGUAGUGAUGAGGAUGAUUGGAAAUCUAGCGACACCAAAAGGACCUCCACCGAAACGCCAUUCAACGAACCCGGUUUAAAGAAAUCGAAUUCUACUAACUCGAAAAGAACGAAUUAUCAAGGUGUCAACGGUGGCCAACCUCAUCUAUUGGAGGUGAUACCAUUAUCCAUGUGUUCAAUUCCUAUCACUUCGGGCCGAAGAUCGUCCCACAAUUUCCCAUGCAUAGGGUGCGCGGAAGCGGACGAGGACGAUAAAACCUACAUACCGAGUGGUAUAAACGUAAUUUCGGGGCAGAGACUUUCGUUUCAAGGACAAAAGCAUAGAAGGAAAAAGAAAAAAAGGACGCCGCGCUUUAAUUCCGUUUCAAAAAUUGAUCGGGCGUCCAGAAUAUUUUUUCCCUUAUUAUUUUUGACAAUAAAUUUAUUUUAUUGGUAUUCGUACCUUUCUAGAACCAAACGAAUACAGCAAUUGAACGUCGCUUAUUGAUUAAUGUGUGUUUAUGUAUAUAAUUUAUAGCAAUAUUCUCGUACUGGUUUACAAGA